UGUCUAUUGGUACUGAGCAAAGAUGGCGUCUCCCGUUUAAUUUUUUUCCACGGUACUCUUAGAUUAAAGAAAAGUAGUAAUAUUGCCGUCAUGGAUGGAGACUGGGAGGAAGAGGACCAGCUUGUUGUGGUUGAACUCUCAGGAGUUAUUAAUUCAGACUUCUUAACAAAAUGCAAGGGUAACUGCAAAAUAGUGGGAAUCGAUAGUGAGCAGCCUAUAAUUCAAGUGGGAAGAUAUGUGUUUGCUGGAAAGUAUGAAGAUGCUUUGGGGUCCUGUGUUAUAUUUGAAGAAAAAAAUGGCCAAGACACAGAAUCGGAAGAGAAACCCCAACUAAAAUACAAGUGUCACACAGCGAAGAAGCUGAUGAUGCAAAGAACUUUCUUGUCUGAGAAGAAAGAAGGACAGGAGAGCUCAGGCAUAGAGGUGCUGAAGUUGAACGAUGGGGAUUUCUCGGGACGGUCAUCCAACCUAAUCUGCAGUUUCACGUCAACAGCCAAGGAUCAGAUGGAAGAAAAAAGUGAAACUGGUGGUGCUGAGCGCAUGGGAAUACCCAGCUCCGAUUCAGAGGUCACCGAUUCAGAAAAUACAGAAGCCUUUGAACACAACCAGGAACUGGGUAGUACUGACUUAUUAACUGCAGACUGUUCAGCUUAUAAGCAGACUCAAGACGAUGCAGACGCGUCCGACACACAGGAGCUUUAGGCUAAGAGUGGAGCCAAGCUUUGUUCAAAAACUAGCUUUAUGGUUCAGUGAUUUAAUUUAAAUAUCCAUGACUACGGAGCAACGAAAAAGAAAGGAAGCUGAAAACGUAUGUACACAUAUACACUUUAUUAUUAUGUACCCUGAAAAGUAAGGGUUGUUAAAAAGGUUUUGCAUCUUAUAUAUAUAUUGAAAUAUGGAUAUAUAUUGAGAAGCGUUAAAAACGUGGCAUAUGCCAUUGGUUCCUAUGCUCAUUUGUUGCAUUUUGAAUGCUUCUCAGUAUAUAAGUAAAGUUAAUGGCUAUUUUUGUGUUCAUACCACCUAUGACUGGGAUGACUAAUUACAUUGUGUUCUUUCCUGAAACAAAUUUGCACAGUAUUGUAUCUGUUUUGAUAUUUAUCACUGUAUACCUCUAAGAGUUUAAUUACUGAUAUGAAGUGAUAAAAGGCAGAUUAGAGCUAAAUCCAGCUAAAUCAUGUUAAAAACGUUUAAAAAAUUACAAUUGUGGAACCAGCAUGACAGUAUUCUCUGAAACUGCAAAAAUGUGCAGAUGUUUUGCAAUGCAGCAUAUUGUUGUUUCUGCUUUCUGUAGCCCCAUGUUUUGUAAGCGUUUUCUUAUAAGAUGUUUCUUACUUUUGCAAUGAAAGGAGAAAACAAA